AUGGAGUCGGUCGUGCAACAGGCCUUCCACGAAGCGGGGGAGUUUCUGGCUAAGAUUCAGCUCUGGUCUGCCUCGAUCGAAGACUUCAUCAAAAUCUACUCGCAUCCUAUUAAGCCUUAUCUCCCCGGCCUCGGCAGAUUCUUGAUCGUGGUGAUCUUCUAUGAGGACGCUUUACGGAUCGGUACUCAAUGGGAAGAUCAGCUUUGCUUCUUACGCAAACAUCGUCACUUCCCCUGGGGUCUCAGUCACAGCUUCCUGGUCUCUAACGUAGUCGAACAAGUUAACGUCGACUUUCUUCUUGGAUUUAGAUACUUGCUUAAAAAUUUGGACUGGCUAGAAAAAAAACCUAAAUCAUGUGAGGACGACUUCUUGAUUAUCGAUUGUCCGGGUCAAAUAGAGCUCUAUACACACUUCAACGUAAUGCACAAGAUCGUCCAAAUUUUGACCAUGGAGUUCGAUUUCCGACUGUGUGCAGUCAGUCAUUAA